AAAGUGCUUCAACAAUUUACCUUCACCAUAGGGAUUAGAGGUUAAUCUGGUUCUGGUUUUCUUUUCUUACCUUUCACCGGCUCUUUGGCUUUAGAUGAAACUAGAAAAUGAAACUGCCCAAAGAAAAGUUGCUUGACCAGAUAUUUUAUCAACUAUCAACACCGAAGUUCCUGAGUGACCCAACCCUCAACCCACCGAAGUCCAAAGGAGUUUCAGAGGGAAAAGAAUUUUUUUCAAUUCUUCUUUGUUAAUUGACUCGCUUUUUCUACUAGAAAUUAACCUGAUGGCACAAUUGAUUUGGUUUGAAGGAAACUUUGCUCAUCACAAUUAGUGUUACAAUUUGGUCUAAUUGUUCAGCACUAGUUUGGUUUGUAGUUUCUCCGUUUGGAGGUGUUGACUGUUUGGUUACCAUGACAACAGUUUCUUUUCUCUCUCUUUUUUUCUUCUCUUCUCAUCUCAAUCGGAAUCUCUUCUUACUUUUAGCAUGGCGCUUGUUCGGAUUGGAUCCUUUGUCUUUUGACAAAACUUUUUCUUUCUCAAGUUAUUUAUGUAAAAUGUUAUUCAAUCGUUAAUUUGUGUUCUACCAAUUAACAGUUAAUCGUCAAUUAAAUCAAUCAUCUUUUUCUAGUUAGUGAAUCAAUUGAUCAACUGAAACCAUCGGUUAUCCAGAGUUAAAGUUUUUCUUUUCUCUUUUUCAAUUUGUUUUCAUAUUCUUUUCUCUUUUCUCUUUGUUAUUUCUUUUAAUGAUUUCAUUCAUUUUAAUUACGGAAUCCAAUUAUUCAGAAUAACAAAUCAAGUAACCAAACAUGAUUUCUGCUCAAAAGCGAAUGUUAACUUUAUUUUGUAUUACCUUUGUAUUGGCUACUUUGAUGACCAUCAGUCACUAUGGAGGACCAACAACUCGGACUGGCAAUGGCCGUCGAUUGGUUUUAAACAACGUUGACCAAGAAAAAUUGGUUAAAAUUUUAAAUUCUGUGCCUUACCAAUCGUCAUCAUUAUCCGAUUUAAUCAAUGAUAACGAUGAAAAUAGUAACAAUCAAAUUAAUUUCCAACCUUCGCCACUGCCCGUCAAUGUGCUAGUUCAACAACAACAACAACGCCAAUUCUCUGAGAAACCAUCAUUGUCUUCCUCUUCUUCUUUAUCUUCUUCAUUCUCUUCUUCAAAACUACUAUCAUCGCCAUCAUCUCAUUCACCUGUGAUACAAUCAUCGAAAAUUGUUCCUUCCCAAUCUUCCACCAUUAAUUUGUCUUCUUCACCCUCACCUCCUUUACCACCAUCACUUUCUUCAUCUCCCCCUUCCAAUCGACCUCUGCAACAAUCUUCGCCACUCGCACCAGCAUUUUCUGUGAUCACUACUCCUAAACAUUCACCUUCUCCCAGUCUCUUCCACCCUGUUAAUGAAUCCUCUCAACCGACAGCCAUUAAUCGUAAUGAGACUAAGAACCAAACAGAGGAACAAAAGUUCAGAGGAUUUUUCACUUCUGAUGAGAUUGCCUUAACUCGUCAAUUUCUCAUUGACAAGCCCAAUUUCUGUGAUACUGACAAUGGAGCUUCUCUUGACCUGUUGAUUUUGGUUAAUUCGGCCAUCGGGAACUUCGAAGCUCGUCAAGCAAUUCGAGAGACAUGGGGAAAGUUUGCCGUUGAACGAGGUUCUCUUUUACUGUUUCUCAUCGGUGAUUCGCGUGACUCUUUCAUCAAUGAACAACUUGAAAAGGAGAAUCAACAAUAUUCUGAUUUACUUCAAGGUGCAUUUAUCGACAGUUAUUACAAUUUAACCCUUAAAACAAUGUCAAUGAUGAAAUGGGUUAGUGAUAAUUGCGAUAAAGUUAAGUUUGUUUUGAAAGUAGAUGAUGAUAUGUUCAUUAACAUGCAAUUAUUGGUUGACUUCUGUGAGACCCGAAACUUUACCAAAUCAAUUAUUGGUCAUAUUGGUAAAAAGUGGAAACCUCAUCGUGACGUUGGUAGUAAAUGGUUUGUUUCCCAAUCAGUUUUCAAUGGAACCUAUUUCCCCAAUUUCGCCACUGGACCAUGUUACAUGUUCUCAGGGGAUGUGGCGAAAUCCUUGAGUGAACAAAGUUACAAGAUGAAACCUCUUCACUUGGAAGAUGUUUUCAUGACGGGAAUAGUUGCUGAGGCUGCGAAAGUCCGUCGAUUAAACUUCCUAAUGAAAAAUGUUCGAGUCAAGGUGACCCCCUGUAAUUUUAAGCGUUUUAUGACCAGUCAUAAACACACACCGCAAGAGAUUAUCUCACUUUGGAAUCAAGUCUACGAUGAGAUGGAUAAACCUUGUGAAAAAUCAACUUCCAAGCCAACAGGUUCAUCCUCAACUAAACCACCCAAAAAGACUGAAUCUUCAUCUAAAAAACAUAACCAAUGGCCAAUGGAACAAAAGACAAAUGUUAUAAUAAUUUAAUGUUCAUUAAGCAUGAUACUCAUGUUUCAAGCCUUUGGAAAAAAAGAUCAUUUUGAUUCCAUUACAAACAAACUAAUCGUUGUAAAAAAGUUUCAUGCUACAAGUGAAUUAACUUGUUAGCAUUUAAUCCUGUUUUCGUUACUUUCUUCAGUAACCCUUGUAAUAGAUUUCUAAUCUAACCUGUCUCUCUCUCUCUCUCUCUCUCUCUCUCUCUCUCUCUCUUUAAUUACUUUUAUCCUUUUCCUCCCUCACCAUAGAGUAAGAACUUUUUACUCUCCUCUGAACCUCUUCUCUCACUUUGUGUAUUUUAAUGAUCAACUGUGGUACCUUUUCCUAUGAUAAUAAUUUGUUGUUAUCAAAUUUUGAGAAGUGAUUAACCCAUUGAUUGCAUUAGAAUUGAUUUCCCAUCGUUUAUUUUGUAAUAAUUCAACUUGAUUACCAUCAUGUCAUCGAUGGUAAUCAAGUAAAUUUAAGAAAAUGUUAAAUUAUCCCUUAACAUGGAAGCAGUUUUCCAACUUGGAAGUUAAAUCGUUGUCAUGUGAAAUUCAUCAUUGAUUAAUGAUAUGACAAUUUAUCCACAAGUUAAGUUUAAUUUCUUAACUAAUCAAUUUCCAGUUAGUAAUUUAUUCUUAUUUAAAAUUAUAUAAAUAAUUUUCACCAAAUUUUCAUAUAAUUCUGAUAUUUCAUAUAAUUACGAUUCAACUCUCGACUUGGUCGAAACAACUUCCAAAUUGUCCCAAUUAACGAUAAAACUUGGAUAAUACAAUCAAUUAUCAAUCAUAUCCCAUCGCAUUUGUUAAGACGGUAAUUUAUUGAUUAUUUGUCUAAUUAUCGCCAAUCUAAUUUAAUUAUUUGAAAAAAAAACAUUCCUUGAUCUUAUUUUCACUAUUUCACCAUUACUAUUAUCAUUAUCAUCAUCUAAUUGUUUAUAUUAAUCACUAUUGGAUGUCCAUUAACCCAAGUCUCGUGUAAUUACAUGUUAUUGAUGAAAACGUAAUCAGUUAAUUAACUAUGAAACAGAGAAAAGAAACUCAAUUGUAAAUAUCUAUUUCCUUAACUGUUAUUGGACCGAAUUUGUCAAAACAAUUAAAUCCGGAUAAUCCUUUAAAUCUUGUGAAAAUUGAGGAGCUUCAUCCAUCGAUAAAUCAACGAAUAAAAAUCAUUCCGAUUGAAUUAUUAA